AUGAAAUCAAGUGCGUUGGAAGGAGACAACAUAUGUCCAAUUUGCUUUGAUGAUUUAAACGAUACUGACAUCCUACAGGGGAAAUUAAAACCAUGUAAUCAUAAAUAUCAUUAUGAUUGUAUUAGAAGGUGGCAUGGAUACUCUGAUAAUUCAGAUUGUCCACUUUGUAGAUGUCAGCCUAAGACUAUGAUUGUGUUGAGCAGAAAUCACAAUGGUGUAGAGACCAUUGAUCAUACUAUUAAUUUCGAAAUUGGAGUACUGGCUAACCUCUCAGCUCGAAUGGCUGAUUUAAUAUUGCAGCAAGAAAUCGCUCAAGAAGUAGCAAGAAGUGAACGAGAGACGCGGGAGAUGUAUGGCUCCGAAGAUGUUCGGAAUAGUAGCACCUUGUAUGCAGUCCGGGAUGAGGAAGAGGAAGGAUCGCUUUCUGGGUCAGACGCUUCUUAUUAUCAUAGCCAAAUAGAAAGUAGAUCAAGAUUAUUCUAUGCCAAUGAGAACCGAGAAAUCGAAUGGUGGAUUUGUGGACUUUGUAACGUUGAUAUUCAUGGUAUUCCUAGUGAAAGUGUACAUUGCGCGGAUUGCAAUAGGUCAUACCACCGAUCCUGUUUAACGUCACUAAUCAUCGAGGUUGGCAAUACUUCAGGACAUGAAGAAGAAUGUCCAGCAUGUGGCUCAUACUUGGGUGAACUUGUCAUUGAUGACUUAGAUAUAAGCUCUUCAACAAAGGAUAGAUUGGAUCACUCUGGCAUUCAGGGAAUCGACGGGGUGUUUACUCGGACCUCUCUUUCAUCAUCAGAAGGUGACCAGUUUGAAAAUAGCUUACUAACAAACAUAAACUCUUUUACGCCUCAGUAUGAGAAUACAGAAGAAUCAACUGAUUCAUUAGUAGGUGAAAAUUCCAAUCAAAAUGUCGACACCUCACCCUGUUGUCUGGGGUCUAGAGAUCGCGUAGCCUGUACUAGACUUACAGAAGCAACGCACUUGGAGAAGAAAUACCAGACCACUUCGAGAGGAACAACCACUCCCCCAGAAAAUGAUUUUGAAUCGUUAAUUGAAACUAAAACUAAAAUACAAGAACACGUAAGGAAGGAGUUGAAAAAAUAUUAUCGAAAUGAAACAACUGGUAUUAGUAUUUCUAAAGAGACAUUUACAGAUAUCAACAGGGUCGUAUCUAGAAGACUAUAUGCUCUUUCUGAUUUUCGCUACAUAUCAGAUAUGGAUUAUGAUAAGCUAGCGAGAGAAAAUAUCGUUUUGGAAAUCAAAUCCUUAGAAGGACCAGCCUUGGGUUGA